UCACAACGUCAACUCUAGCGACUCGUCGAGUAGCAGUCCUCUCUAGGCCUUAGUUUUACGUCAUUUGCGAUAUAGUCGACCCUGAAUGGCAUGGUUCUUGCCAAUAUGGAUCCAAACAGAGUUUACAUGCGGGGUUUGCCCUCAGGAGAUCCAAGAGAACACUUUUAUAUCUUUUAUUGAAGUGUAAACACUCACAACAACCACAAAUUCCACCAUUGCAAGAAAGACACCAUAAUACACGCGACAUCAUGGCAGAUAGACUCAAAACAGCACAGAGCCGGCUAUCUGCGGUCGCGAAUACACUCACAGGAGGAUUGUUUGGAUCAGCUCAUCAAUUCCCUGCUUUUGACGACCUGCCCAAGGUGGAGGGCGAACCUCAAGGUUGUUUAUGGGGCUUCUUCGACAAGGAUGGAAAGAAAGACGAGGUUGGCACGAUUAAUCUUCUUACCCCCUCGAUCGUUCACGCCGCCAGUCGCGAGAUCCAGACUGGCGAUCACGUACAAUUGGAUUGGCCCCUUCAGAAUGUACAGUUUCCUGGCUUCGGACGGAAGCAGUUCCACCAGACGAAAAUUGACCUCAAUGAAAGCUUGGGGUUCAAAUCUAUGGAUGACGAAAUCUACAUCAACACUCAAUCCGGUAGUCAGUGGGAUAGUCUGAAGCAUUUCGCGCACCAAUCGACGGCUAAAUACUAUAAUGGCUUGACACAUGAGGAGGCUACCAGGACGGACCGAAAUGGUAUCCAUAACUGGUGCGAGCGUGGAGGGAUUGUCGGCCGUGGGGUACUUGUUGACUGGCUUCGCUGGUAUGAGGAGCAUCGUGGCAACCCACCAAGUCCAGUAUCACGGCAUGAGAUUCCAGUCGAUGAGCUAGAAGAGACGCUUGCCUGGCAGGGUACUACUACCCGUCCGGGUGAUAUUUUAUUGAUACGUAGUGGAUACGUGCGUUGGCAUGAUAACGCAACGAUCGCAGAGCGAAAGAGCGGUACUCAGGACAACAGCAUUGCCAUUGGCGUACAAGGAAACGAAAAGUCAGUGCGCUGGCUUUAUGACCAUCAUUUCGCUGCUGUUGUCGGUGAUACUGUUGCGUUCGAGGCGUGGCCACCAAAGUUUGAUGAGGGGUGGUGUUUGCAUGAGUGGCUAUUGACCCAGUGGGGCACACCGAUCGGCGAGAUGUGGGAUCUAGAGAAGCUAUCGCAGUUGUGUAAGUCGAAGGGGAAGUAUACAUUCUUUCUGACGAGUGCACCGUUACACGUCAAGGGUGGCAUUGGCAGUCCGCCCGGAGCGAUUGCGAUCUUCUAGUUUCUGCGGAGCGGAUAUCCAAUGAAGCCAUACAAUGACAUAUUCAAUUCGAAACAAACACACAGAUAAGAGGCACGGAAAUCUAUUUCAUUUGACGAGUCAGUUCAUUUUACUACAGCCAGUGCUUGUGCAUGGGCGAAACGAGAAUCCUUUAUGUUUCUUUGAAUGGUUGACACUGACUCCCUGAUUUCCCUUGUGACUGCAAAGUUGCCUGGUUUUUAUGGCUAUACUUCAUAACAUGCCCAAUCACGAAAUAAAUAUCAACAUUAAGCGCCAUGGAUUGCUUGUUUGUAUGGACGUCUCCCUACCGGUGACCCUUUCUUAUCUAUCCAGACAAACACAAAGCUCAUAAUGACCUAUAGUA